GUACGCUAGCUGAGACCAUAUCCUCUAUAAAUACCUUUCAAUUCAGAGCACAAAUUCUAGAGUCUAUUUGCCUUGUUUUCCCUCUUGACUUCAUCUGAAAACACUUCGUUAAACAAUGUCAACAUCUUCCUCCUCGAUAUGGUUCACAGUGACUAGGCAAGAGCCGAGACUGGUGGUGCCCGCAGAACCAACACCGCAUGAACUAAAACAACUCUCAGACAUAGACGACCAAGAGGGUCUCCGGUUUCAGGUUCCAGUGAUAAUGUUUUACGAAAGCAAUCCUUUCAUGGAAGGAGAAGACCCUGUGAGUGUCAUCAGAGAAGGACUAGCCAAAGCACUUUCGUUUUACUACCCAUUUGCCGGGAGGCUUGUUGAAGGGCCUAAUCGGAAGCUUCUGGUGGAUUGCACGAGCGAGGGGGUUUUGUUAUUAGAAGCCAAUGCAGAAGUUGAGCUCAACCAACUUGGUGAUGCGAUUCUUCCAGGGUGUCCGGUGUUGGAGGAGCUUCUUCAUGAUGUUCCUGGCUCUGAUGGAAUCCUUGGCUGCCCUCUCUUGUUACUUCAGGUGACUCGAUUUAGGUGCGGUGGAUUUGCCAUUGCCCUGCGCCUAAACCACACAAUGAGUGAUGGAGCUGGUCUGGUCCAAUUCCUAAGUGCAAUCGCCGAGUUCGCCCAAGGGAAAGAAAUCACUGCACCUUCUGUGUCACCUGUGUGGCAAAGGGAGCUCUUAUCCGCAAGACAUCCUCCCCGAAUUACAUGCCUUCACCACGAAUUCGAACAAGUGCUCGACACCAACAACGAUAUUGCCAACUCAACCCCAAUCCAAAAACCUUUCUUCUUUGGUCCCAAGGACAUCAAAGCUAUUCGAAACCAUCUCCCCCCACAUGCAAGCGCCUCCACAUUCGAGGUCCUGACAGCGUGCUUGUGGAGAUGUCGCACUCGUGCACUCACGCUAGACCCUAACAACACCGUCAGAGUUUCGUGCCUUGUCAAUGGUCGCAGCCUGCCUGGCCUGAUUCUGCCUCACGGGUACUACGGCAACGUCAUUACCUAUCCUGCAGCAGUUUCGAAGGCUGGAAAGGUAUGUUCCUUUCCACUGGAAUACACGGUGGAGUUGGUAAAAACUGCAAAGCCCCAAAUGACAGCCGAGUAUUUCAGAUCAGUGGCGGAUCUUAUGGUGAUUAAAGGGCGUCCUUUGUACACCGUGGCAGGAAACUUUAUUGUUUCUGACGUAAGACGUCUUGGCUUAGACACAGUGGAUUUUGGGUGGGGGAAACCGGUGUAUGGCGGCACCGCCGGGGCGUUUCCUGGGUUAAGCUUCUAUAUGAAUUUUAAAGAUGGGAUUGUGGUUCCAAUAUGCUUGCCAGAACCAGUCAUGGAAAGGUUUGAGGAGGAGUUGAAGAAAAUGACUAAGGACCCUUUCGAUGGUUCAGUUGGUCACAGCCCCCCUAAGAUCACAUCCAUGCUCUAAACUGAGAAUUCAAAUCUGCAACAAUGCCAAGGACACAUGGCACCUCUUGAUUCGUCCAAGUCCCUUCAUUCCUUACCUAAUAGCAAUCUAACGUGACGUUAACUCUAAACUAAAUUCACCGUUAACCAAAAAAAACAACCUACGUUUUAUGAAAACUCCUCCAUGCAUGUGAUUAGAAAAUUUCAAUUUCUCUCUAUUCCAUAUCUUCUAAAAGACACAAAAAGCAUAAGAAUGGAGAAAGCCUCCGUUCAAAAAAAAUAUGGGAAAAAUCUAAUGAAAUUUUUCCGGCUCUGUGCAUAACCUUGUUCUUCGAUGAAUAAUAAGCCAACUUCUUGCUGUUGCAAAAUGAGUUACCGAUAUUAAUUUUUCCAUCUACGCCGAUGAGAAUACUGUUUUUUUAUAGGCAAAAUUAACAUUUUAUUAAGGGAAGGGAGAGGGGAAUCCAACCAAAAGUUGAAGUACAUCCAAUGGGAACAAGCCCAUACACCUGAAGGCCUAAAGUUCAAAAACACCCUAAAAGGGAACAAAGCCCUAGCAAAAGGCCAAAAAAGCCCAAAUAUUACAAUAUAGCCAAGCCCAAAGAAACCCAAAAUCCUAACCCUAACUACUAAACAUUUCAAACACCCAUCCACCCACAGCCACCAAAUCAGCUUGACCACCGCCCCACCACCAAGCCAAUCAGUCUAGACAUCCACCGAGCACUAAAACGCCACCACCACUGGACCGCAAACCGAUGGAGGGAAACCCAAGCUCAGAUGCGGGCACUCAACCAUAGCCGUUAGGCGAAGACCUGAUCCCCCAACAGUAGAUACCGGCGGGAGGCCGCCGGCCAUGCUCCCAAACCAUCUGACCUGCCUCACCGUUAGGCAUAAAGCACAGGUAGCCCAGGAACUACCGGGCGGCAGAAACGAUGAAGAGAAACACAACUGAGACGAGGAGAGCACAACGGAAAGACGGCACGAAAAAAAUGUGCAACAAUCUGGGGUGCGGCAUGAAAUUGCCGGAUCAAAUUAGGACGUCAUUGACGGCAAUGACAUUUUUGCUAUGGAAUCUUUUGAAGUUGAUUGGACAUUCAAAGUAGCAAUUCAAUUUUUUUCUUUGUUCUCAUACAUAUAAUAGGUAUAUACAUGGUAAUAUAUUCCUAGAAUAAUGGGAUUGUAAAAUAAAAUUUUCUAAUUA